GCGGGUUACAACAAUAAAAUACAACAAGUUACAAUAGAGUUAAAAAAUCAAACCCUAGACCUACUACCACCCCCCAGACCUACCACCAGUAUGUGGGGAGAGAAGGCUUAACCUGCUCCUCCAUGGAUGAAAUUUUGAAAUGUCAUCCUAUAAGUGGGUUUGGUGAUCAUGUGUGUGCAGAGAAGUGGGUUGAUUGUCCUUUAUAAUGCAGCUGGGAAUGGAAGGCUUCAACCUCCACUCCCCAUAGUGUAGUUGCAGUGGGAAUAGAGCAGAGGGUACACCUAGUACAGUAGUACUAAUCCAGAUAUAGUUGCUAAUGAUCUAGUUGAAGUAAUAUUUAAGUAGAUACUGCUGUAUUUAUUAUAUGGCAUAAAGGCCUUGAUAGGUAUCACAUUGACCACUAUUAGGACAAUAUGUCACUAGGUGGACCUUGGAGUUCAUGCUUUUUUAGUGGCUAGGUCCCCCCCCCAAAUGUAUAGUCUGUGUUAUUUACUGUGAUAUUGUCUGUCAAGGUGUUUCUCCUGAGGAUUGGGGUUUGGCAUUGCAGCAACCAUAUUUCCUACUCAUUUAUUAGUUCUGUUAAUAAAGAGAAUUGUUAAAAGGGCACCUAUCUAGUCACUGCUCCAUAUAUCAGCCUUAGUGCAUGAGAGGCACACUUUUCUGAAUAAUAUUGUCUUGACUGCACCUGACACAGAACUAGUUCAUAGACAGUAUAUAGAGAAGAUAUUAUUUAAUGCAAAAGCAGUCUCCCAGACCACAGUGUUCAUUGUUAACAAAAGAAAAUGAAAUGAUCCAGGAAGGACAAGCAAGUAAGAGCAGUGAUCUGUGACACAAGAGAUCUUUAGAACAACAAAAUAAGAAUACAGCACGAUGAGAAUCAUAGUGAUUUGUGAGAAGAGAAUUUAUAUAUAUGGAACAAAACCAAGAAUUUACAAGCCUGGGUUCUGUCAAUAAUUUAUAAUCUCUGUGUUUACAUUUCAAAGUAACCUAAAACAAUAAUUUAUUUUACGUGUAAUAAUAAUACAGCAAUCAUAACUCAGCAGUAAAUAUUAGCCAUUAUCUCCCCUCCCUCAAAAUGACUGCUUUUCAGUAUAGAAAUAUUGGUCUUGAAAUACUUGUGAUUCUUUCAGUUAUUAGUUGAUAAAUGUUGUGAUAUCUAUUCUUGUCCAGAGCAAAUUUCCACAACCAGAUUAGAGUAAAUAUAAAGUUUUGCCCCUAGCUAUGGAGCAGGGCCUUUCUUGUUACUCUUUCCAGUGAGUAUGUGACAGAAUCUGCAUCAGUAAAACAAAUGCUGAUAUGUCUUGUCAUGGAAAAAUAUUUUCUCAAAGCUUUUUGCAGUGAAUCUUGAUUAAAAGUGUAUAAAAUCAGUUUAUGUAAACAGGGUAACAUUAAAACUGGCGUGGGCAGCAUAGCUGAGAUACUGUUGAUAACUAAAGAAUUCUGAUAAUUUUCUCCAAGGGGUGAGGCAUUUAUACAGCAUUUUUCAUUUCUAAAAGUAUUUGUUGAAAACUUGAAUGAUGCCUACAAUAUUUUAUUUUCUCCAUAUUAUUUAUUUGAUUUAAAAGCCUAUAAAUAUUGGUACUCUGUUCUUCCUGCUGCAAUGUUGUAUUCAGGUGCAUGAGAAUCAGUGGUAGCAUUGACUUCUGGAAGAAAUAAAGAAGUGCUCACAUGGACAUGUCCUAGUGACCAAAAUGAUUAAAGUAAGAGGCAGUCUCCUCCUGACCCCUAACUAUAGCCUGUUUACUUGGUUUCAUGGAACAUGCUGAGAACUUUUUAUCGACUUUCCCUAGGUUCAUUUUCUCAAGUAAGCUAGAAUGUGUGGAAAACUAGUAGUUCCCACAUAUGUUAUUAUUGCAGAAGGCUUUGGGAAGAGGACUUCUGCUCAUCAAGCCAUAAACCUACAGGGUAUAAAUACACAUUUUCCUCUGUGUUUCUGUUGGUUAAUCCUCCUAAAAAUAGAUGUCUCUUCUCUUCUUCAAAUUAUGCUUUUUUUUUUCUUAAAUGAAUAUGAAGUAAAAAAUAUUAAAUAAAGGUUAUUUAUUGAUCUAGGGAGUUGCCCAGUGCAUGGUCUCUUGGUUUUCCCCCCAAUGAUCACUCAUUUAUACAACACUUUAGCUGUCAAAAAGGUUGUUGCUUUCAUCUUGACAACAACCCUUUAUUCACUUUUAUAGAAGUAGUCAUGCUGUUUCUUCCCAAUGGCUCCCCAGAAACACCAUAUCUGAGGUGAGACUUAAACCAGGAUCUCCUAGGUCCAAAUUCAAGCAUACAUUUCAAACUGUGUAAGUACAAACUGAAUAGGAGCUGUUAAAGCAUUGUUUAGACAUAAAACACAAACUUAUUACACAGUGUAUUCCUGUGUGUUACAAGGCCUUAAUGUAACUGUUAAUACAAAGUAAAUUCUUAACGACAGGCAUAGUGCUGUAUUUCAAUUGCAUCUGAGGUUUGUUUAUGUUUCAACGUGGUCUUAAGUAAAAUAAUUCAGUGAAGCCUUGGCCAUGGGUUCCAUUGUGCAUAUUUCUGUAUUCUUGUUUUUGAGAGCUCCAUGUAUACACAGUGAUGAUUCUCUGGGUUACCUAUUUCCUGAAACUGAAAUGAUGGGGCAUCUCCUACUUACAGGACUCCAAGAUAGAGUUUAGAAUCAGGUUGCUUAUUUUUAAAGCUGGUUAAGUUUUUUAAAAUGUGUUUAAUCAUACUAUAAUAUUGAGUAAUUGAUUAUUCAGCAUUUAGGAAAAACUGUAAAGUUUUAAAACAUUACUCAGACAACAGUAUUAAGUACAUAUUUAUACAUGGGUUUAUGUUUUUCUUAAAUGUUUAAUGAACUAGUAUCUUAAACUUGAGAACAAUGAGUUUCUGAGAUUCAAAUUGCAUGCUGAUGAAAUAUUAGUGUAAAUGAAGUCAGUUUUUAUCCUCUUUCUUAAUACUGAUAUGUGUAUAUCACUGCAAAAUUUGCAUGAGUGACUUGUCUAUCAUUUGAUUGUGUCAGUCUUAAAAGUACGUGUAUCCAUACCAAUGCAUUUGUAUAUACACAAAAGUGUGCAUAUACACAUAAAUAUACAUGCAGGCAUGCACACACUAAGUGUAUAUAUGUAUAUAUUAUGCUUGUCAUAUAAGACACAUAUUGCAUGGUACAUUUGCAGACAGAUGAAUUGCCUGUAAAAUUUCAUAAGAAAAAACACAAGAAUUUUCACAAACUGGAAAAUUCAUCCCAAACCAAAACAAAAUGGGGAGAGAACAAGAGCAGGUCUUUAUUCUGCUUUUACAUGGAGGAAAUACUUGCAGGAUUGCUAAAGAAAAAAAAGCUUUGCAAAUAUUUAAUGCUUUUUUCUCCUUAUUACAUUAGCUUUAAAAGGAUCUACAAGUUGUAGGAAUUCUAUUUUGAAAAUGUUGCAGGGAGUGAGAGGAACACUGGCCAUGUGGCUAAGUUGGCUGGCAAAAGUUGAAGGGCUUGAAUAUUAAUUGAUAUUUCCUUUGGAAAGAAGAGUUUGUGCACUGCAGGCUAAAUACAGGUUUAGGACUUUGCUUUUUAAAGAUGCUAAUCAGCACUUUUAUCAGUGAGUAUAAACUGGUAUCUAAAAGGUGCUGUGGAAAGACAAGUUGUUUGCUUUUGUGUGUCUGAAUUUUUUCACAGCUUUUAAAGACAACACAGUUUUGAAUUUGAUCAAUGCUGAAAUAAGUUUGCUUUGAUUGUAUGCUUAUACAAUCUAUGCUGAUUUAGCUAACAGUAUUAAACUUGUAAAAGCUUAUUUACAGUUAAGGGGUGGAGUGGGGAACGAACCAAACUUUUCUGUACUCUUGCAUUAAGUAUCUUUCGCCUCCUCCCUUAAAUGUAGGGAGAAACGCAAAACUUGUUUCAGUUUAACUGUCUUAACUAUACAACAAUGACCAGUACAGCAUCCCAUAACUAAUGCUGACCCACUUUCCCAAAGCAACAUUCACUGUGCAUUUGAAAGGUUUUUGUGGUUUAAAUGUUGUUACAUAUUUUACAGCAUUAGGAUCUAUGGAAUAUUUUGACAACUGCAACAGUUCAAUGAAGUUGGUAAUUUCUUCUUUUAAUUAUUUUUCAUUGAACAGAUUUGGAGUUACACUUUUUUAAAAGUUUGUUUUUCUAAUGCCUUACAACACAAUGCUUAACCCUUUUAGCAUAUUUCUUAAACAAUCAUUGACUCUGGGUAGCAACAUUUUGACUUUAUUGGUGCCUAACGUUUAUACAACAGUGUGGUAUUCUUUCAGCUGGUGAUCAUACGUGUAUGACUGCACAUCACUAGAUGAGCUGGUGCGUGUGGCUUCACAGAUUAUCUGCAAGACGCUAAAUUACUUGUAGAAUGGGAAAUGAGGCUGGCUUUAUGCGUUUCAUUGAGUAGAAUGCUGCAAGGAGCAAAUAAUGCUGAGAAAUUUGACUAUGUGAUGCAGUUCAUGAAUAAGAUGGCUGGAAAUGAAUAUGUUGGGUUCAGUAAUGCCACAUUCCAGUCUGAAAGGGAAAGUGGAGACCGAAACUUUGCAAUAGGGUAUUAUUUGAAAGAGAAAAAGUGUUUCCCAGAAGGAACCGAUAUGGUUGGCAUAUUAGACUUCUACUUCCAGCUUUGCUCCAUAGAAGUGACUUGUGAAUCAGCCAGUGUUAUGGCAGCAACACUGGCUAAUGGAGGGUUUUGCCCAAUCACUGGUGAGAGAGUCCUGAGUCCUGAAGCUGUUCGGAACACUCUGAGUUUAAUGCAUUCCUGUGGCAUGUAUGACUUUUCAGGACAGUUUGCUUUUCACGUUGGACUUCCUGCAAAAUCAGGAGUUGCUGGUGGCAUUCUCUUGGUUGUUCCUAAUGUUAUGGGCAUGAUGUGCUGGUCACCUCCUCUGGACAAGAUGGGCAAUAGUGUUAAAGGGAUACACUUUUGUCACGAACUUGUUUCUUUGUGCAAUUUCCAUAAUUAUGAUAACUUGAGGCACUUUGCAAAAAAGCUUGAUCCUCGCAGAGAAGGCGGUGAUCAGCGGGUGAAAUCUGUAAUAAAUCUCUUGUUUGCUGCCUACACAGGUGAUGUGUCUGCGCUGAGAAGAUUUGCCUUGUCAGGCAUGGAUAUGGAGCAGAGAGACUACGAUUCCCGGACUGCUUUGCACGUAGCUGCCGCAGAAGGUCACGUCGAGGUAGUUAAAUUUUUGCUGGAAGCGUGCAAAGUGAAUCCUUUUCCCAAAGACAGAUGGAACAACACGCCUAUGGAUGAAGCUUUACACUUUGGACAUCAUGAUGUAUUUAAAAUUCUCCAAGAGUAUCAGGUUCAGUAUACACCUCCAGAUGAUUCCAGCAAUGGAAAGGAAAGUCAAACUGUACAGAAAAACCUAGACGGCUUACUAUAACUCUCUUCUGUUCCCAAGAAUCAAAAUUACCUUAUUGUGGAAAAAAUGAUUAUGAAGAGCGUGUGUGUUUCUAUUGGAUAGUGAUGUAUAUUUUCCAGAAGUAUCGCUUUGUUUCAGUGUUAACAGAAGCUUUCUUCAUUGCAAAGGACAAAUCUAGUUUCUUUCAGAAAAGAAAACCUCCCCAAGAGUCUCUUCUUGAUGUGAGCAAUUAUUACCUCGUGUUACGUGUAACCGAUAGAGGAGGAAAAACUUGGUUGUCAUCGGCUUUCUGCACUACUCAUUUUUUUGUUCUCCAUGAAGCUUUACUCCGUGGUCAAGAGCUUUUUCUGCUCCGCUUGCUUUUUAAAAAAAGAUAGAUCAAUGAAGCUCUCUGGAAGUGUGUCUGUGUGUGGAACUGGGCUGCUACUGUGUGCAAGUGUAAAUGUGGUCUUGCUAGAUUUCAAGAGUUGUCGCUGAUGUGGAUUUAGCCUGGAUGCACUGAGCAUCAAACCUGCACUUACAUUUUAUUUGUGUCUUUUAACUCCCCCACGAUACCUGUUUACAUCGUGCAAUUCUCAAAAGGUGUAGACUGGCGACUGUGGCUCAUGGGCUACACUUUUUUGUUCAUAGUUUUAUCAGGGAAUCUGUUUCAUGGUUUGUCUGACCAAAAAGCAUAGAGGAAUGUAAUUAAAUCAUCUCAGAUAUUAGAGUUGCUUACUUCACAUCUUUAUACCUUACUUCUUUUUUUCCCUUCCCUCCAUACUCCAAAUAUUCAGCUGUUAAAAUAAAAUAUUCUUCAGUCACUAGCGCCUGCUGCUUCUACUCAGGUGUUUUUGUUUUGUUUUUUUGGUCGUUAUAUGUAUCACUCAAUACCAAAAGCAUGUUUUCUCUUCCAUAUUUUUUAAUGCUGGCAAAUGUUCUGUUCAUGAACCCAUGACUCUUACGUACAGAACCUGAUGCUUUGAAGUUUAAAAUUUCAAUUAAGCUCAUGUGUAGGUAAACACUGUAGGAGUGGACUUCAUACCAAAAGAAAACAAGGGUCAUUUUAAGGAUAUUACAGUAAACUUCCAAGAUAGUUGCGGAGCACACCAGGGCCAUUAUGUUGCUUUCACCCAUUUUGCCAUUUUCCUUCUAUUUCGUGCUCCUUUCUUGGUGGCAUCGGAUUAUGAGAUGGUGUAAUAGGAGUCAGGGUAGAAGCAGACAAAUGUACAUUGUGUGAAAGGAGAGGAAUAAGCUUUUCAUAGUAAAGUGGUUGAAGUUGGGCUAUUUGAGGAGAUCUCUACUAGCAUAGUUCAAUCUAAGCCUCUGAUCAUUUGUUAAAUCAGUAGGUCUGACAUGUUUGGGCUGGGGCGUUUUUUCAAGCACUUCCACAGGGGUUCCUCCUUAAAUGGCAUACUGUACUCACAAGAUGUUUGUUCAUUCUCUGUAGUUGUUUUAGUCAAUUCAAAACACUUUUCUGGAAUGCAUCUAGCAAUAUUGUUUGAAACAUCUGAAGUCCAUCUGCAGCCAGAUGCCUGGUGCAAUGAAGCCUCUGAGCUUUCUUUACCCCAAAAUGGAUGAGCAGCUGUGAACAUCUAUCAGCCCAUUAAGCUAGUAGAAUAUAUCCUGGUAACUUAACAUUUCCAUAGAGUAUAUUUAGCAAUCAUUGUUUACUUUAUAAUCAAACAGUAAUGCUGCAAAAUAUCCAUACAAUAAAUCAAAGCCAUUUAGCCUAAAUAGCUUAAGAGAUUUGUUGGUCUUUCCCCCCCAGCUGCCAGUAGUAUAUAGGAGCUACUUCAAGCAUCAGUUUCUUUUGCAAAAAUAGUCUUCGCUUUCCUCAUUAAAAGAGGAAGUUGUAUUUUGUAAAGUGUGUGUGUCCAGUGGAGGCAGUUCAUUUCUAUGUGGAUUUAUUUUGGUUAUUUCUCAGUGCUAUUACAGUCGCCUCUCCGUUUUCGCGGGGGAUCCAUUCCGGAACCCACCCACCCCGAAAACAGAAAUUUGCCUAUAUUCAAACCCCAUUGGCUUGAAUUGCGGCACAUAGCCCAUUUUGCCCCCCUCCGUUUUCCAAAAAUGAGCGAGGGAUGCAGACUUCAAGUCUGCAAAAAUGGAGGGGCGACUGUAUUUUAACGCCAGCUAUGCUUUGUACACUAAUAUUACAAUGGUCUUAGAACCCUUAUCUCAUAUAUUUUUAAAAGUGUUGUUAACAGACUGGUGUCUUUUAGCUUCUUUCAGAGCAGGAUUAUUAGUAACCCUCUUGAGUAAAUUGUGACUGAUUUGGCUUGACAUUUGACAUUCUUUAUUGUAGAAAAUAAACCAUGAUGAAUGUAUUUUGCUUUUGACAGGUUUCCCAUGAUUUAAUCUAAUCUUAAAUACUUGAGCUGUACCAGUUCUGGAAGUAAGAUUUAUUUUAAGGAUUACAAAACCAAUGGUGUUGCAUUUUACAACAUAAUAAAGAACCAUAUUAAAAA